CCCGCCGCACACGACGGGAAGCGCCCGCGCGAGAGGCAGCUGAACAUAGAAGCCAGAGCCAUGGCGCAGGCCAAAUGCGGAGUAGAUUCCCAAACCUACGCCCAGAUCGACACCUGUAGUCCAGGCCGGGUGUUCGACGCUGCCGUGACCGUCGCCCCGAGCGACGACGAGCGGCUUGCGCACGGGGGCUGCCGUGCGGUCGUCGACGAAGAGCAGGACACCAAGGUCAAGAUCUCGGAGGCGCUGGAGGCGGCGGCGCGGGCCGUUGGGUACGACCCCGUGGAGAGGUCCGACGCCGCGGCCAUACGCGCCGCGGAGGCGCGCGCCGUCGGCACCGGAGUGGACAUCCCUGCCGGGAUCGCAGCGCAGGCGCAGGCUGCAGCGGACGCCAACGCCACGGCCGCGCACGCCGAGGACAAGAUUACCAUCGGAGACGUCCUCAAGUGGAACGCGACGGCGAAGCUGCCUUCGGGCAAGGCGGUGACGAGGGAGGACGCGGCUGCCGCGGUGGAGGCGGAGGCGGCGCAUGCCCCCGGCAAGGCGACCAAGCCAUACGGUGUGGGAGCGGCGCUUACAGAGGCCGCGAGGCGCAAUCAGGAGGGGACUUGCCGUAAAUAGCCGGACAGGCGUGUCUAUUUUGGGACCGAUCGGAAUAAAGAGGAAGUAUACAUAACAUGUGGCGAAACUAUUUCACUAAGUGCGGUAGCAUAGGCCUGUCGGCUAGGCCCUGCACAACCAAGGAUGGAUGGGGCCCGUUUUGGCUCCUGGGUGCCACGCUCAUCAGGAUUCAGGAGUGCAGCACCUGUGAGUCAGGUGAUACGUGGGAGUAUAGCGUAGCGUCGACACGUCGGGACUACACAAAAGGGUCAGCUGUGUGAGAAAGUUUCGCCCACGAUUCACUUUAUAAUUUAAACAUGUCAAAAAAAUCUAAAAGAAUCAUGGAUGUUCCAACACAUGUAAGUAGAGAACCCCUAAAAAAUUUCAGAUCAAAAUUCGAAAUACACAAAAAGAAAUCUAAAAGACAAAUUCAGAUAUGAAUAGUGUCAUUUUUGCUUUUGUCUUCUUUCAACACUAUUCAUGAUGAAUUUGUUUUUUCUUUCUCUUCUCUAUUUUGAAUUUUGAUCUUUUUUUUGCAAUUGUCGACAUAUGUCUUGUGAACAUCCACGUUUUUUUAAGAUUUUUUUUCAUCUUCAAAUUUGGAUUUUACAGGUUGGUAUUAUGGUAUCAUGUAAGAACUGGUAUCAUCAGGUAUUUUUCCUACAUUACCAGUGGCGGAGCUAUAAAACAAAUAUUAAGCGGGCAGAGAGCACAAAAUACGUCGUGACAUUCAAUUUGACGGUUGCCACGGUAGCCAGCGGCUGACGUGCGCUGUAGUACCGUGAGAUAGUGCUUUUAUCAAGGAACGACCAGCAAAUGCUUCAGUGCAAUGCAUGGGAGGCUCCUGUCUGCUGCGUUCCUCUCUACAUCGGCGUAGGUCAGCGUUGGGGACUUGGCUUUAUAUAAAAAAUUUGCUCCAGCCCUGGGCGGGCCAUGGCCCAUUGAGCCUUGCGGGCCAUGGCCCAUUGAGCCUUGCUGAAGCUCCGCCGGAAUACAUUACUACUACUACACUAUAUUGUGGGACGGAGGGAGUAGUAUAUAAUAUGCACUUUUUCAGUUUCAAACGCAGAUGUUCACCUACGUACUCACAUUCAUCUCGAUUAACGCAGGCAGACCGACAACCGACACUAAAAACCAUUUUAGAGUCGACGGAACGUCUUCACUAACAAGCAUCGUAAUUUUUUGAAAUAAAUACAAAAAAUAUUAUCAUUUAGUCAAGUUUAAGCUAAGACUUGAGCACUGAUGGACAAGUUUCACCACAAGGCUUUUUAGGCUCGGUUCGAGGUAUUUCAUGCUCUUUAGUUGGUGCUUUGGCCCUUCAUAGUCACCGUUUUCUGAUUCCACAGCGUUAGCAGCCUUAAAAUAGGGCACUAAAAAAGUCAAGUAAAAAAGUUGGACACGAAAAAUGCUUUUUUGCACGAAAACGCAUCGUCUUCAACAAUAGCAUUAUAAUAGAGCAUCGCCACUUCAAGGCCGCAAUCUUUCUUUCCCACAUUGAACAUAUAAACCCUGAAGAAGACCAAGCUAGCCACGUCGCCCCUAAAUCGCUGCUGCCAUCGCUUGUAAAUUUCGUGCCCCGCCAAGGGCAUUUUAGUAAUUUCACGUACAGCAAAUACAGGUGUAUAAAACUAACCCACUGCAAUGGAGAAACCUUAGCCGUCGCCCGCCCCCGCGCGAGAGCCACCGAACCCGCGUCCCCCCGAGCCCCCCUUGCCGCCGCCACCUCUGCCCGUGCCGGAUCCGCCUGUCGCCGCCGCCACCGCUCUCCUCUGCCCCGUGCCGGAUCCUACCUCCUGGCCUCCUCCUCCUCCUCCUCCCGCUACCCUCAUCCCCUCUUGCCGCCGCCGGGUCCUCUCCUCUCCCCAUCGGUGCGAGUGCGUGGGUCGCGGCGUGCGGAGAGCGAGGAGAGGGAGAGGACAGACGCGUGACGAGGAGGAGGCCACGGCCGUCGGUUCCUCUCCUCUCCUCGUCGUCUCCUCCCCUCUCCCCGUCGGCGCCAGCGCGCUGGUCGUGUGGCGUGAGGUGAGCGAGGAGAGGGAGGGGGAAGAUGCGUGAGGAGGAGGAGGACCAGGAGGUGGCGUGCUGCUGGAGUGGAGGAGUGGUCGUCCGCUGCACGUCGUCGUCGUCCCCAUACCCAAUCUGGCAGCGGCAGCUGCAGGCCAGUGCGUCAGCUAAAGGAGCAUGAGUGAAGAAGAACUCCUCCAGAAUCUUGCCGAGAUGCUCCUCUCUCUUUGCGUCUUCUUUUUCCUCUGUACUUUGUUUUCACAGUAUUUGCCCUAUCCUGUUUGAUGAUUUGUUCAUGAGCUAAUUUAUUCUUAUUGUGGUUCCACUUCUAUUUCUAUCUCGCAGGAUUUUGUUCCAAUGACAUGUUGCUGACUAUUUGAGUUUUUGGAAUUUAAUGAAAUUCUGCUCAAUCAGGUAAACCUUUUGUUUUGACCAUUUGCCGUUAGAAUAUUUGAGGCACUUGACUAGACACUGUAUACCAAGUAGUUCAUCAAUUUUCUUGCUGUCCUGUAUUGUCCGCCAUCAUGUAAUUUUAGGACCAAAUUCAGAGAAAACAGUCUCAUUUCUAAAAAGGUAUGAUCUAUAUCUGCUUGUUCGCCUCUAUGAAAUUGUUGAAUAACCUGUCAAUCCAACGGAUUCAGUUGUACAAUGUUCGAUUUGAUGGUUGACAAUACGCAGAGCAUCUUGAGAGCCUCCUUCAUGUUCUGGAUAAAGCAGCUGACGAAAUAGUACGCUGAUCCCGUCCCUUGUUGACGAUGAAUUUGCCUUGAGCACUGCGGUUUUGUCAAUUUGGUUGAGCUUGCUGUCCUCUAGGCUUUAUGUACAGAGUUCUUAGAAAUGAAGCAGCUGCAGAAAAGGGACAUCCCGAGGAGAGGUACACCGACGCCUUUCUUGGGGGCGCCAUAGCUAAAAUCUGACGUGAGAAGUGCAGCCACGACAAUGGGCAGCCGAAUAAAAAAUAUAGGGAGACACAAGGAGAAUAUAACUGGUCAUACUUCAACAAUGGCCACACUACUUAUGAUGGUUCAAGAGAAGAUAUCCGUGAUACUGAGCCUGGUGAAGAGGGCAUCAAGACAAAGAGAUUAAUUCACAAAUCUGUUGUUUAUAGGUUGUGCAAAUUUACAAGGCACCAUGUUAUGUAACUUAUGUUUGUUGCUUCGGAGAGUACUGCCAUGCUCUCAUGGUCUUCAAAAUGUGGAAGGUGACUUUUGCUUGAUCUAGAGUGGACUUGAGCCUUGCCUUGUGGUGGCAGUAGACAAGGAAGUCGCCCAUCGAUUGAUCUUGAGAUGGCCAUGUCCCUGCAUUGCGGACGCUGAAGACAGUGUGUGUGGUAUGAGCCCUGUCUCCUCCAACUUAUAUUUUGGAAGCAUGUCUUCAUCACUAUCCGCGCCAAAUUUUCUCCCCAUCCAGGCCUACAACGUGUUCCUCCUAUUCCAUGGCUGUACCAUUUUUGCUGUGCUCUGUUUGAGUGUCUGGCAUCCUCUCUCUGCCUCCGAUAAGAGAUGCACUAGCUGCGAGGAGAUAUGAAAGGGCCAGUUCCGAAUCUUCAUGGAACUACUGAAUUUGAACGCAUACUUUGGCCUCUUUCUGGUCCAGCGUUUUUGCAUCAACAUUUGAAUAAUUUUUUAUAAAUGUCUUGAGAAUAUGGUGAUUACGGUUGUCUGAUGUUCAAUUCAGUUUUUAGCAAAUUAUUCAGGAAGCCACCAUCCUUAGUUGAGGCUGAUGAGUGGAGGAAUUAUGUAGUACUGGUGGCACGCAGUUCACACUCCAACCCAAUUCGAGUUCAUCUCCCGUCAACCCUGCUGCACACCACCGGCAAAUAACCCUGCGACGCUAAAUCCCUUUGUUCCAUGGUCUAAUGAAUUUAACAGAAAGCCUCAAAUAGACCGGCUUGAUCUGUAAUGUUUCAUCAAGAAAAAUGCUUUUUUCAUGUCUCUGGUUCUGCACUACUCUUUACCAAAUUAUAUAUUGUAGGGAGCCUAGGAGAAUCAGCUAGGGUAUGCAUCACCUAAAGUGGCACCCUGCAGCAAGCUUGCGUUCACUACAUACAGUUCACAUCGAUUGUUUAUAGGAGCUUUAUAGAAGUUCUUCCAUUGACCCCUAUGUUUGCCAACGGAGUUAGUUGAUGAUUCCUACAUGGAGAGGAUUCCGAUGUUGUAUAUUGUUUCUUACAAACCAAUAAACGGUAACUCUUAGAUUAAUAAUUCUCUCUAUAUCUAAUAAUUCUCUCUUUGAAUAUUAAUUAAAGGAAUGUCUGUUGGCAUUUAAGUUUUACGAGCUUGUCGAUUUCUUCAAAUCAUUCUAAUAGUGUGUAAUAUUUCCUUGGUAUAUCUGUAGUAAGGUAUCGCCUACUUGGAGAUAUAGAGGUUUUUAGGACACCACACACAUUUAUGGUAUGUUGAAAAGGGAACCAGAUCUAUGUUUUUAAUGUUUAACAUUCAUAUGAAGUUUUUCUGUAAAUGUGACCAUGGAAUCCAUAUUUCUAGGUUCGCUUUUAAUAAUAUGCAUGAUCUUUCAUUUGUAGUUCCAGAGACCUGCUACUUAUUCAUAAUUUCAUACUCCCUCCGAUCCGUAAUAAGUGUCGCGGGUUUGAAAUAAGUUGAAGUAACCUUAGUUCAAAACUACGAUGCUUAUUCUGGAUCAGAGGGAGUAAUAUAUUUUCAGCUGCAUAUCAGAGUGCCAUUUCAUCUAUUUUCAUUUUAAGCAGUGAGUAGUGUACAUUGUUAAUGGUAUAAAUAUUGUCAGUGACCAAAUUAAUAGAUUUAUGCAUUCGAUUGUAUGUACCAGAAUUUUUAGAGUACAUGCUUGGCACUACAUCUACUACUCCAAGAUUAUGUGGUGCUGCCUUGCUGACCCAAAUGUCCGGGGUCUCUUUAAGGAGAAGCCAGAUGGAACAAAACAUGAUAAAGGUCAUUUGCCUUUCUCUGGGUAAUACCGAAGUGACUGCUCGGCUACCAACCAACGUCUCACCUUUUGUUUCAUUGUGUAUGCUGUCAACUGGCACUGAAGAAAAUAGUGAUUUGCUGCUGACUGACAUAGUAAAAAAAAAGAAGAGGUCCAGUUGAAUCAAUAGUACUUUUCCAUAAGCAUGUCUCAUGUAGCUAAACAUUUGCAUCUUUUUUCUCAUCAUGUAGAAAAAUUAGCAACGAGUCGUCCUUGCCUGCACACUCCCACAGUUGACAGGCAAGAAGGGCAGGAAUUAAAUCAGUAACCUCAUGUGUAUAGAUUCCAUCUUCUACUCACCUUUCUAAGAAAUUCUUUUUCGUUUGUUUUUCAGCAUGUGGUUUGUUGGAUCUAACCAGAACUGGUUACCAUGAAUCUAUCAGCUUGCAUUGAGAAAAUAAUUAUGCUUUUCCUUUUGUUAUAGUUCAGCCAAACAAUAGAAAUAAGCAACAUCAUGUUAGUUAAAUGCAACCGUUAUGGUUCUAUGAUAUUAUGAUAUUGGUACGGCUUGGUCCAUCAAACAUCACUUGUUGUCUACUUAUUCUUUGCUGACUUCCUUUUUUAUAUCUCUUAUGAAGAAAGGUUAUUACUCACUUUAUUUAUGAUGUCAUGUUUCUUGUAUCACGUUGCAUCAUUUCAACAGGUGUGAGUCUUUUGGUGGUGCCUUUUGGAGAUAAUAGUUAUCUAACAGAGAUAAUAGACAAAAAACAAAGAAGUAUUAUCGGGUACUCAACUAUGAUAUGGAAGGCAUUUCUGCUUUUGUCAAUGGCAACCCACCGAACACACCCAUCAGGAAGAGUUGCUUAGAUGUUGAGGUCAUUUUUCAUACCAAUGGCACAUGUAGCGAUGACUCUACCUGAUGUAAAUGACUGCAUAACUUAGUUAACAUAAGCUGAAUGACCAGAGCUAUCUAUAUGAUGCAUUUCUGCCUAUGUAGCUUUGCUUAUCAUGAACUGAUCUCAUGCCUUUCUUUUGGCCUAUAAACCGACCAUGCAUUGUAAUAUAUAAUAUUAUGUAUGAAUAGUGACUGUAUGAACAUCA